AGUGGUUUUGAGUACCGCGCUUGGAGUGCUGCUGCAGGAAGCUGAGAAACCUCGAUAUGGAUACAGUGACUUAUAGUGAUGUGCAUGUUGAUUUCACUUGGGAGGAGUGGGCUUUGCUGCAUCCUUCCCAGAAGAAUCUCUACAAAGAUGUGAUGCUGGAGACCUAUAUGAACCUCACUGCUAUAGGCUACAAAUGGGAAGAUCAUAAUAUUGAAGAAAAUUGUCAAAGUUCUCCAAGACAUGGAAGGCAUGAAAGAAGUAAUACUGGAGAAAAACCUUCUGAAUAUACACAAUGUAUUAAAGGCUUUGCACGCCACAGUCAUCUUCAAUGGCAUAAAAUAAUUCAUACUGGAGAGAAACUCUCUGAAGUUAUUCAAUAUGGUGAAGCCUUUGCAUGUCUCAAGAGUCUCCAGACACAUAAAAGAACACACACAGGAGAGAAACCCUAUGAAUGUAAUCAAUGUGGUAAAGCCUAUGCACAACACAGUAGUCUUCAGACACAUAAAAGGACACACACUGGAGAGAAACCCUAUGAAUGUAAUGAGUGUGGUAAGGCCUUUGCAUGUCACAAGAGUCUUCGAACUCAUAAAAGAACACAUACUGGAGAGAAACCCUAUGAAUGUAAUCAAUGUGGUAAAGCCUUUACACAACGCAGUAGUCUUCAAACACAUAAAAGAACACAUACUGGAGAGAAACCCUAUGAAUGUAAUCAAUGUGGUAAAGCUUUUGCACAUCUAGUCAGUCUCCAAAUACAUAAAAGAACACAUACUGGAGAAAAACCCUAUGAAUGUAAUCAAUGUGGUAAAGCCUUUGCACAAUACAGUAAUCUUCAAACACAUAAAAGAACGCAUACAGGAGAGAAACCCUAUGAAUGUAAUGAGUGUGAUAAAGCCUUUGCAUGUCGCAAGAGUCUCCGAAAACAUAAAAGAACACAUAAUGGAGAAAAACCCCGUGAAUGUAAUCAUUGUGGUAAAGCCUUUAUACGGCACAGUUAUCUUCAAAGACAUGAAAGAACACAUACUGGAGAGAAACCAUGAAAGUGUAAUCAAGUGCACAUAUCAUUAAUCUUCGAAAAUAAGCAAAAAUCAAAAAUCAUAGUACAGAGAAACCCUCUAAAUGUAGUCAGUGUAGCAAAGUUUUGCAAUUCAUGGUAGUCUUUAUACAAGAGUAAAUCUUUUACUAUGUAAUUAGCAUAUUAAAGCCUUUGAAUAUAAUAGAUUUUGAAGAUCCGAAAAAAUUCACACCAAAGGGAAUCUGAAUAUAAAGCAUUUGGUAAGUAAGAUCUUUAGCCAACACACUUAUGCUCAGUUACAGAAGAUUAUUCUGGAGAAAAAAAAAAAAAAAACAAGUGUCAAAAAUCUGUUCAAGCAUUAUUUUGUUUACACUGGCAAACCCACAUGGACAAAAGACCUAUAGAUGUAAUGAUAAGGUAUCCUUUUUAGAUUUCAUACUUCAAUUACAUGAGAUAAUCAAUCCAAGUGUAAAACUUCAUGGGUGUGUAUUAGUGCCUUUUCUGUUCCUAUUAUUCAACAUCAUGUCUAAGUGAACUGAUGGAAGGGUUCUAUUUGGCCCUUGGUUCCAGAAUGUUAGAGCAUUACCAUGAAAGUGGCAUGGAAUCAGGUGUCAGACAUGGCAACUAAAGUAGGAAGUAUAGCCGUGAAGUGAGUAAAUUAUGUACCAAGUUCACUAAAGAGUGAUAUGAAGAUUGCAUUGUGGCUUCUAUUUUGCAACAUUUGAGGGUUUCUCUGUGUGGCUUUGGUUGUCCUGGAACUAAUUCUGCCAGUCUGACCUGGAGUUCAUAGAGAUCUGCCUGCCUCUGCAGGUGCUGGAGAAGUGUGAUUGGUCUGCAAUGUCGAAAUGCUGGAACUUUGUCAAGCAGCAAUGGGCACCAUGUUAUCCACACCAUUAUUUCAUAACAUAGCUUCAUGUGCUAUGGAUGUGUAGAUAAGUAAUUUGAAAUUCCAUGCUUCUUCAUGCCCCCAUUAUGUUCCCAUGGGACACUUCAUCUUGAAGUAUUGCCUUCAAAGGGGGCUAUCACAGAUGCCUUAUAAUGUAAUGGCAAUGAGAUUUAUUAAACACAAAACAAAACAAAAU